CCACGACUGCCGCCUCCUCCCUCCCCUAAUCACGCCCCCUGUCCCGCCGAUCAGUAGUUGUCGCCCCCCUGUCCCGCAUCACGCGCGUCUCGCUUCCCCUAAUCACGGCGUCGGCGGCGUCCUCGAACGUCGCGGGGAGGCGGUGCUCGGGCGCCAGAAGGUAGUCCACGGACGCCAUACUCAAGCGACUGGAGGGACAGUGCAUCGCGUUUAAACCCUUCUCUCCUUCUCAUCCCCACCUCCCUCGCGGAUCACUCACCGUCGUCGUCGGCUGCAGCCGCCGCCGUGAUGUUGUCCCUCCAACUUCCUUAAACCCUAGCGCCAGCAGCAGGCAACCAGCACCGACGAGGAGGAGGAGCGCGGAGUAGAGGGGCUCCGGCGACCGCAUCGGAGAUGGCGGCGAGCCAUGGCGCGGAUACGCUCAAGUCCACCUCCAUCAACGGGCAACCGUCUGUCUCCUCCCACCCAUCAAAUCCAAGCAUCAGGAGGCACUCACCUUUGACAGCGGCCAUCCCUCAACCCUCUGUAGCAUGUGGCGCCCUCGCUGCGAAUCUGUCUUUAUGACAGUUGCCAUCCUCGCAUCCCAAACCGUCGAUGCCCACCCCUAACAUGGUUCCUGACCUCCCUGACAGGUGACUCCUCUGAAGGAUAUAACAAGUGUGUAAUGUAUGAGGAGAUGGCGGUGAGCUAGGUACUGGAGCAGCGGGGACUAAAGCUCUAGCGGCAUGAAGAUCUCCUCUGACUUUGUUUAACUUUCAGAAAUAAAAAAUGGUGGGAUCCUUGUGAAGUGUGAUGAGAUGACCCUGGAGGUAAAAUACCAUUUAAAGUUAUGCUUGGGCCUAUAUUGAUGUCUUUUAAUAUCAUGUUUUAGGGCAUCAAACAAUUCUUUGUUGUUGUUGACAAAGAGGAGUGGAAGAUUGAUACGCUUUGUGAUCUUUAUGAUACACUCACCAUCACUCAAAUAUUAAUUAGGAUUUUGUAUUGUAUUAUCUCUGCCCACUCACAUGGUAUCUGAUUGCUAGCACAACAUGGUAUAUUUUACUUGUGUAUCUUUUGUAGUAUUAAAGUUGUCUACAAUGCACACCCAACAGCUGAUGUAUUUAUCAACUUUGCAUCCUUCCAAAGAAGGGCCUGCCUCGAUGGCGCCAUGGCAGAGCGGCGACGGAAGGUCGACGGCGGCAAGAUGGGCGUGGCGGUCUUCGGGGCGCGGUGCACCCUGCGGUAUGAGAUGGACCUGCAGUUCUUCAACAUCCCUGGCAACAGCAAGAUGCUGUCCCUACUCAAAGCAAGGUGGCAGAAGGACCAGUGUUGAUAUUGGUAAAUCAUGCGCAAAUGGGUGUGCUGGAAUGAUGGAGAACAAUAGGGAACAUAAAAUUGCUCUUGUUGCUACUGGAUUAGCUACUGGAAUCGCUUCAGCCUGCUGGAUUGGACCCCGUUGUGUUCUUCCGAUGAUCAAUCAGUCAAUCACAAAUUCAAACCAUACAAAUCAACUCAAUAUCCAGCAUGCUUCUGGAAGUGUGUUCAAGGGGUGGAGUGAGGAGAAGAUAUAUUUUGCUCCCACUUACAACUACUCUUGCAACUCAGAUUCUUAUGCUGGAGAGACUGCCACAUCAAAGAAAAAGAGGAGAACCCCAGCCUGGUGUGAUAGAAUACUAUGGCAUGGAGAUGGUAUUGCACAGUUGUCCUACUUCCGGGGGGAAUCUCAAUUCUCUGACCAUCGUCCUGUUUGUGGGACAUUUACUGUUGAGGUUAAAAGGCUAGAUGGCUAAUCAAAGCGGCGCCCAUCAAACACCAACAUUAGAAUCGGUGCUGAAGAGUUGUUGCCGCCAAGAGACAAGCAUAACUAAGGUGAUCUAGAUGGAUGAAAUUGUCGACAAGGCCAUUAGCAUCAUGCAGGUUACCUCAAAGCAUCUCAUGUAUAUCCGCAAGGAGAAGCUGCACUCAGGGAAGGCAUUGAGUGCAAUAGAGGUGAAGGAACUAUGCGAAGCCCUUGAAGCGAUUGCUGAAGAUUUGGACCAAGAUUCACUCUUGUGCCAGAGUUUGGUGUAGUCCUCGAUUAUAAACUGUGUACUAUGUUAAUGUAAUGACAUAGUUUGUAUGAUACAGAUCGUAGUGAUGUUGUUUGAAGCUAUUUGUAUGAACUUUUCCUACUAUCUUGUAUGAAUUAUGAUGUCUGAUGUAGUUUGUAUGAACUAUGUCAUAUUAUGUUGAAGGAAGCUAUUGCAUGCCCUUAUUCUAUGAUUUAUGUAGGAUGCAAAGAUUCUUGGGA